AUGAAUAAAUGGAAAGAAAUAGUUGAGCUUGAUACCAAUGAAGAUGAGCAGAUUAUGCAAGAAGCUUAUUGUGUGAGUGCACUUAUUGGUCAGUAUGCAAUUCAUCAUUUGUGUAAAGAGCCAUGUAGUGAUGGUGAUCAAACAGGUCAUUCAUGGGUUCGAAAAAUUUUGCAAGGUCAUCCGAUUCGUUGCUAUCAAAUGUUUCGGAUGGAAAAACACAUAUUCCAUCAACUUUGCACAGAAUUAGUUGGGCAUGGUCUGAAGCCCACCACUCAUGUGGGGGUUGAGGAGAUGGUUGGAAUAUUCUUAAACAUUGUUGGUCAUGGGGUAGGUAAUAGAUUGACUCAAGAAAUGUUUCAACACUCAGGAGAAACUGUGAGUAGACAUUUCCAUAAUGUACUAACUGCUUGUCUUAAGUUGUCAAUUGCAUACAUUAAGCCACACGAUCAUAUGUUUCGAGAUAGUCAAACAAAACUUCGAAAUGAUCAACGUUAUUGGCCAUUUUUCAAGAAUGCUAUAGGAGCAAUUGAUGGUACACAUAUUCCAUGUGUGGUUUCUCCUAGUGAUCAAGCAAGAUUUAUUGGAAGAAAAGGACAUCCCACCCAAAAUAUAAUGGUUGUAUGUGAUUGGAACAUGUGCUUUACUUUUGUGUUACCUGGAUGGGAGGGUACUGCUCAUGACGCUCGUGUUUUUGACCAAGCUAUCACAAAUCCUAGCAUGAACUUCCCACAUCCUCCCACUGAUGCUGGAUACCCAACACCAAAGGGCUUCCUUGGACCCUAUAGAUGUGAGCGCUAUCAUCUUCCUGAUUUUAGGCGUCAAUCUGGAUUUUCAAAUCACAAUGAGGUAUUCAAUUAUUAUCACUCAAGCUUAAGGUGCACAAUAGAAAGAACAUUUGGUGUUUGGAAGAAUAGGUUUGCAAUUCUGCGGAAGAUGCCUAAGUACAAAAUUGAAACACAAGUUCAACUAGUUUGUGCAACCAUGGCUAUACACAACUUUAUUAGGAGGCACUCUGAGAUGGAUAUUGACUUCAAUCACUAUGAAGAUGAGAACAUAAUUGUUGACACAAAUGGUCCUAAUCAACACGGUGAUGUUAACUUGGAGUCCUCACCGGUUCUAAGCAUAUCUUCCUCACCAGAGAUGGAUCAUGUUCGAGACACCAUUAGAGAUCAAAUUGUAAUGUCCAAAAACAUUAACUAG